CAAACUUCAAAGCUCAGCUUUCAUUGCAACCACUUAAACGUCAAAAACUUUCAUUCAAAAGCGCCUGCUGCAAUUGCAGUUUCCUGUGGAUUCUACGUGUUUGACUUCGCAAGCUGCGUCUAGCUCAAGGAAACCUGCACCCACGGCCUAGACUUGAAGCUGCAGAGAAUGGCGCCGAAGAGCACGAAAGUAAAGGUUUCGCAGGAGGCCUUUGAUGCUGCUGUGAAGGAGAACAUUGAAGAGUUCGACAUGGAGCCUGAUGAAGCGGUGUCAGACGCUGUGAAAACAUUUGAGAUGCAGGGGGCAGACUUAUCGGGUAUAAUCACCAAGCCCGGUGGUGCUCAGGCUGUGGCGGACCAUCCCGCUAGCCAAGCGCUCCAAGCACUGGAGAAGGCGCUCCAAGAGUUUGUAGAAGGCGGUUCAGCCUCUGACGCAGCUAGUGUAGGGACAAUCGAGGAAGCGCUAGGAAGCCUGAACUUAAACUGCAAAGAAGAUGGGGCAGAGGCACUGGUUGGCAGGAGCGGGGGUGUUAGGAUUUUGAUUGAUGCUGUUAACAAUCUGGGAGAAGACAAGGACAGUGAAAGGCUGGCUGGAGCGCUUGACGCCCUUGGCAAGAUUUUGUCAGAGUAUGACAACAAGGAGGCGUUCCUCCAGUCCUCAGGCCCAGACAGCCUGCUAGCCAGUCUCCGCACGCAUCGCACGCUCUCGUCACUAGUGGCCAGAAGUUCAGAGGUCAUUGCUACAGCAUCCACCAAGCACGAGGGCAACAAAGUCCAGUUUAUGGAGGGGAAAGCAGAGGAGUUGCUCAUUGACGCGCUGAAGACGCACUCACAAGAUGCAGCGGUUGUACGUGGGGCGGCAGCUGCGCUGCAGGCGUUUGCCACUGCAGAUGACUUUAAGGCGUUGUCGUCCAAGGGUUUUCGACAUGCCCUGUUGAUUGGAAAAGCGGAUGGAGUCGACGCUGUGCUAGGAGCGUUGAAGGUUCAUCAAGGACAGCCAGAGACUUUAGCUGCUCUCUGUGGCGCGCUCACGAGCCUGGCAGCAAAUGACGACAUCUGCAAGCAGGUCCAAGAAGCGGGCGGCCUGGAUUCCAUCCUCGCAAUCCUGCGCGCCGUCAGCGGAGCCCCCCGGACGAGCGAGGCGCAGAACGUCUCCGUGGCAGCGAGCGCGCUCGGGUUGCUGCAGCAGCUGGGGAAAAGCGACGCGAACAAGGAGCGAGUGGUGGAACUCGGGGGCCUAGACACGAUCGUUAACGUGCUGGGGCGGUACCACGAUAGCCCCGCCGUUCUGCAUCAGGGCCUCGCCGCCUUGGCCGCACUUACCUUGCGCAACGCCAAGAACGCGGACCUAGCUUUUCGGGCGAGAGCUGCGGACUGCGCCGUCGAAGCAUUGGAGUCGCAACUGGAGUCGUUCGAAGUGCAACGGCAGGCUUGCCAACUCAUCCGGAACCUGGCAGUCAGGAACGUUGACAACAGGGGUCCCAUUCUAGAAAAGGGGGUAGAGCCUUUGAUUAGAAGAGCAGGGGCCAAAUAUCCGCGAUGUAAAGACGAAGCCUCCGCCGCACUUAGAGACCUGGGCCUUGAUGAUUACAAGCUCUAACCAGCUAUAACCAGCUUGUCAGAAGUCAGAAGUCAGAACCACAGUGACACGUGAAUCCCUGCCUGACACAACAUCUUCUCCCCUAGGCCCCGGCAUAAUUGGCCGGAUGCAUAAAUGCAGAGCUUUGCUCGAGUUGGUGCAAUCCACCAUCGCUUCCUUUGUUUAUGCCAUGAUUCUUUCAUAGAGUGUUAGGAAACCAAUGAUUUUGAAGCUCGCAUAAACACACAGAAAGACUUCCCUGUUUGGUUUGAAAGUUGAAGCUGGUUUCUCGUAUGGUUUUGUACGUUG